CUAGCAUUGGAAAGCUCCCCAGGAUCCAAGCAGUAACAUUCUCACGGCCCAUCUCACACCUUGGCGGCAGCGGUUGCAAGCACGUAGUCGUCACCCCUGAUCACGUUAGGGACGACAUUGAACUUUAUCUCGCCAACAGGCUUGGGCGAAGCUGCUGCUUUGUAGCACAGAGCGAACAGGCAAGAAGAGACUUGCUCUGCCAGCUUGCGGACCAGGCCAAGGGUUCCUUCCUGUUUGCCUACCUUGCCAGAAGACUUUUCUUUGCAGUCUCCGAUUUUGGAGCCUUCAGAGGCAUCAUUGCUGGCUGCAAAUCCGACGUCAAGGCCGUCAUCGGAGAGCUGAUGAAGAAGGUCAAUCUUAAGGAGGAGUACGGCGAGAGCAAGACGUACAACCUCUUCACAUUUAUGGUCACCGCCCAGCGCCCGCUCACACUCGGAGAAAUGACCGACCUUCUCGGAGUCUCAUUGUCGACACGCACCGUUUCCCCUGGCGCUGAUGUCAAGGGGCCCGUGAGCAACACCCAAGGUCUUGUGGUAAUUCGCCACGGUACCCUGCGAUUCAAACACUCCACUAUCAGGAAGUACGUCCAGAGCCUUUGCGGCUCGACUCUCAUGUCCGUCCACGACUCCCAUCGUCAUCUCACCAUGGCCCUUCUCCUCUUUGCCAAGACCAAGUUCAGCAAUUACACUUGUGAGCCGUCAAUGGAACCGGUAGCCGAGGAGACCUUCCAUGAGUGCUUCCAAGCGUACCACAUUGUCAGCUACAUGGUGCGCCACUGGGUUGCCCAUUUCCGCUCAUCAUCACUGUGCGGCCAGAACGGCACCAUCACCUUGACUUCCGAGUUCAAGGAUGUUUUCCCCGACUCCAUCUUCUUCACCAUGCUGGAGUGGCACUACUGGCAGACACAGUACGCCAUCAAGGAGACCAUUGAGAUGCACAGCUUGAGUCUCCGGAUCCGCUCUACUUGCUUCGGCGAGAAGAACCGAUCAUAUCUCCAAAGUCUCAUUAUCCUUGGAAGCCUGCACCGCAGUCAGUCUGAGCAUGCUUUCGCGGCUGAGUUCUUCUAUAAGGCUUCCCAUCUUGGGCAGACCAUCCUCUACAAGUUCAGCCCUCUCGUGGUUUCAUGCACGAACCUGUUCCUCACUUGCACCGAGACUCUCACCUUCACCAAGCGCACUCAAACAGUUACGCACCGUGAAGAGAUGAUCAAGUUCAUGAUUGAGAUCUCCAAGAGCAAGCAGGGAGCCCGCAGUGAUGCCGUCAUCAAGUGGUAUGAGGCUCUCGCUAAGCUUUACAUCGAUAUCAAGGAAGAAGAGCUUGCGAUGUCUAUCUACAGCGAACUUCAUAUCAUCAUUAUCGCCCGUUUCGGCAAGGGCUCGAAGAAGGAGGGGUCGAUUGCCGAAGCCAUCUCAGGCAUGACCAUUGUUCUGAAGGCUAGCGACAAGAAGGCCCACAACCAUAGCCAGUGGCAUUCGCUCUUGUUCGACACUGCCGACGACUUGUCGUUCACCGAUGUCCGUCGCAUCAAGAUUCUCAUCAGUCUAGCUGUUGAGUACGAGUCCAAGGGCCAUCUGAUCCAGGCUGAGAGGCUGUACAUCAGCCUCUGGCGGGGCAUUCUCGAGGUCUGCCGUACCACCAAGGUGACAACCGAGCUUCACAUCCAGAAGAUCAAUAUUGCCAUCGAGUACAUCAACUUCCUCAAGCGUGUCAAGCGAACAGAGGAGGCUUGCAACAUCAUGAUUUGCGUCUGGGCCGAGUACGAGAACCAGUCCUUUGAGUCCGAGAUCAUCAUGAUCCGCCUCAAGGAACUUGGUGUUCUUGCCAAGUCGUUCGGCAUUCUCAGCGUAUCCAUGUCCAUCCUCAAGAAGGUUUGGGGCUGGUUCAAGGAGAGGAAGACGGUCGAGAGCGAAGAGGCUCAAUCCACUACCACCAUCAUUACGGAGGUCGUCGAGGAGAUCACCGAGACUUACGUCGAGACCAAGACGACGACCACCGUCGUUGAGACCGUCACCCGGGAGAUCUGGGAGACCAACUACCAGCGCUGCCGUGGUCGCAAGGCCGACAAGACCUUCUUUAAGUCUUGCUUGGCCAUGGUUAACCUCUACCUCAAGCUUGAGAAUUGGGCUGAAGCCGAGGUCGUGAUUCGCCAGUCUCUCGAUAUCACUUGGAAGGGCGUCUUGUCAGUCGACUCCAAGUUGACCAUCGAGGGCGAGUUCAUAUCCGAGCGCAUACUUGUAGCACAGCGUCUUGCUCUCUGCUAUCAUCGCCAAAGACAAUUCGAGAAGGCGGAUGCGAUCUACCUACGAAUCUACAACGCCUGUUUCUCGACCCUCAAGGUUGACAAUGUGUUGAUCUUCGAGGCGGCUGAGGCCCUGGUUCGGUUCUAUGAAGACUUCCACCGUCACGAGAAGGUCAUUGACAUCUACGUCAAGCUCCUACAGCAUUACCGCAGACAUUUAUCUUCUGGUCACAGCCUGCAAGUCAGCAUUCUUUACAAGCUCGCUGCUGUCUACCACAAGCUCGGCCGUAGGGAGGCUUACGGUUGCUACGGCGAGAUCGUUACUAUCUUCUCCAAGGAUGGAUGCUGCCACGGAAGUGCACUGGAUGCAGCCAUAAUCGUCCUCAACCACUACCACGCUGAGAAGCGCUGGGCUGAGCUGCAGAAGAUUUGCGUCACGCUCUGGGCCACCUUUGUCCACCACAACCGUGAGAUCAAAUUCACGCAGGAUAUCGUCGAGCUUAUUUAUGAGCGAUACCGCUAUGUCCUUGAGUUCCACGCCAAGGUAGAGUUCUCGGUUCGCUACAAGCUCACGAUUGAGUAUCGCGAGACCGCGACCAAGGUAUUUGGCGCCAAUGCUGCCAUCGUCAUCAAGGCUUUGAUCGCUCUGGCGGAGUUGUGUGAGACUUCCGAGGAGCACUAUCAUGAGUCCAUUACCAUCUACGAGGAGGUUAUCAAGAAGACUACGACCACCAACGUUGUCUCAGAGACCACGGUCAGGACGAUCAAGAGGCGUCUAUCAAAGCUCUACGUGACUGUCAUCACAACCAACAAGGUGACAACCACCACCACUAUCGAUCGUGCGAUCGGAGUCAGUCUUGAGAUUUACGCUCAACUCAAAAUUGAAUUCGGCUGGUGGCACGAGAAGACUCUGUCCAAACUUAAGGAAGUCGUCUUGCUAUACAAGAAGAUUGGUAACAAGGAGGCUCAUUCCUCCAUCGCCCAGCUUCUACAGGUUUCCAUCAUUGAGAUCAUCACUACUGUCAAGAUCUCCAUGAACCUUCAUGCGUCAGCCAAGACGCUGGCGUCCAUCUACCUGUCUGCGGGCAUGGUCCACUAUGGCCAGGAUCUUCUCCGACAGCUGCGAUACCUGCUUCUCUUCCCUGGAUUCGAAGGCGGAGAGAAAGAUGUCAACAUCAAGAUCUCCAGCCAGUCGAGCAAGGUGUACCUGGUAUUCUUGAUCUCGUUUGAGCAGGCUCUCAACGGAGAUGCCAAGGAACGGUACAGCUUCUCUGAGCUGAUGGCAGAUGUGCUCCUCGAGACAGUUCUCUACGAGCAGUACAUGUCUGUCAUGGCUACUUGCACCGAUUCCACCAGGAUUGAGACAAUCAUUGAGCCGGCAGCUCGCCUUCGCUUCGUCUGGCAGUCCCGAGGCCGCAGUGGCUUCGUGGACGUCCUUGACAAGAAGCUCUUCGCCCUGUUCACGUCGCGUUACUUCAAGUCUUCCAGCUCCCAAGACGACAGAAAUGCCAGAUUUGCCUUCUACGUCGCGCUUCUCAACGAGAUUGGCGGUGGCAUUGCUGAUAGGGGCACUGUCGACUUUGGUCUGGUAUCCUGCAAGGCCGCCUAUACUGCUGUCAGAAGACUCAUGGUAGAGGAGAAGGACUUUAUCAGAGCUCAGAAGGUCGCGCAAUGUGGAUUUGACUUUGCUCAAUCCCAGCGAUUCUAUCACCAGCGCAACUGCUACGUAUGGGGCUUCCGUUUCGCCGAGGUCCUGACUGGCAUCCGCGUAGACACGUGGAAGUCUGCCGGCAAGCAACAGCAGGAUGAGCUGCUUUCCAUAAGCCGUAACGUCUUGCAACAUGUGUUGACGGUCUUGAGAGACGAUAAGGUCGAGUUUACUAGCCUUCGCUUCGAGGACAUUUCCGGACUUGUUCGCCUCCUUGGCGAGCAGAAGAACUGGGCAGAACUCGAGAGCCUUCUUACCUCGCUUUGGCGAUCUAGGGAGGUCCAGCGCAACUGUGGCGUAUGGUCUCCUGAUAUCGUUCUGACCAUCGGCUCUCUGCUGGUCAACGCGCACGAGCUUGCGGGCCACCUAGACCAAGCCAUCACCCUCUGCGAAACCAUAUACUACAACGUUCGCCAGUCUCGUGGUGGCUUGGAUUCUUCCGCAUUCUACUUCUCGAACCGCCUAGCCUACCUCCUGCGCCACGCCAAGCGUCUUCGCGAUGCCGGACGUGUGCAUCUGGAUGUUGUAUGCGAUCUUGACGAGCACCUUUCCGCAAGCCAAGGCGCGGACAAGGACGAGCGUCUUCGUGCCGCGGCCGACAUGCACCUCGACGGCAUGCGACGAUGUGGCUGGGCCACCCGCGGUGACGUGAGAAACACGAGUGAGAUCCUCGAGAGACUAAGAGGAUAUGGUAAGCUCAACGUGCCGUCCAUUGAGAAUUGGUCGGCAGCGGAUGAGAAGAAGGAGACGAGCCUCGUGUGGCCCGAGGCGAUCAAGUGGGAUCUCGGCAAGCCUGAGACUGAGGUCCAGGCGCCCAAGAAGAGAGAUUUGUUGUCUCCGGCCAAGGAGAGAUGGAGUCGCUUGGGAUUCAAGCGGCUCGGGUCCGAGGUGGCGCACUGAAUUUGGAGUUGAGAUGUCUGAAUUUGGAUUCUUCUACGGGUUUAUCGAGAGUAUGGAGGAGUUUCUGGGGGAGUUUACACAUUGGCCAACACUGGGUCACGUCACGUUUCUUUGAGUCAUGUUUUCUUAGGUCCAUUCGAAUUAAUGCUGUCUGAAGGACAAUAGAAGAAUUAUUUUACCUUAGAUAUGCAUCUAGAUUUCACAGAGAGACUCGAGAAGAGUGAAUCAACCGCCACAGCUUGGUUGAAGGUUAAGAGGGAAGUGUUGAACUUACCACAGCAAGGUAUUUCGGCCAUGGCCAUUAUUCACACCUAAAGCGGUAGAAUCUCAUCCAAG